AGAGAAUUCUCCCAUCCCCGCCACAUGCAGAGGCCGCUGACACCAACAGUUUUUACUGAGGCCUCCAACGGUCAGCACGUAGCCGUCUACGCCCGCGCUCCCAGUCAGACCGUGUUGUUUAUUUAUGUUCUUGGAAAUAGUUUAACUUAUUGACUGUGUUUUCUCAAGUGUUAUUCUUAACUCCUCGCUUUGUCGUGUUUGCAAAAGUGAAUUUGUGGAAUCGUUUAAACAUUUUGUGUGUUGCUAAACAGUUACGGUACCUCAGAUUUCUCUGAUAAGACUAAUAGAAUUCUGGUAUGUUCACGAGUUUGAAUUUCGACAUCAUUGACGAUGGAAACCCGUUGUCUGAAGACGACUAACUCUUGGAGGAACGGAUUAAUCAUUCACACCUUGAGCAGAGUUUUCAAAAUCCAGUCUCCUGAUAAAAGUUUGAAGAAAAAGAAGAUCGCCUCAGCGGCCCAAAAGGCGACUCGCCCGGCGUUGGCGCAGACGCACCCCGCGCACCCCUGCCCGGGGGUCACUGGGACUCUGAGCCUUAAGUUGCCGAUGGUGCCGAUGGCUCCCUCGGAGGAUAAGCAGCAGUGCAACGGGAAACCGGUUCCGGACGCGGCGACAGAAGCAGAGGCAACGACGAGGACAGCCACGGCUCCGGCCACCCAGGUCCCGACGCCGAUGCCGGCCGCCCGCGCCGCGACGCCCGCCGUCGCCACCACCACAUCCACCACCGCCGCCAACCCGGCCGCACCCCCCGCCCCCAACCCGGCUCCGGCCCGACGCACCCCCAUGGACUAUAUCUUCGGCAAAGUCAUCGGAGAGGGCAGCUUUUCCACUGUUUAUGUUGCCAAAGAUAUUCACACUCAUAAGCAAUAUGCAAUUAAAGUCUGUGAGAAGAAACACAUCAUCCGUGAAAAAAAGACAGAACACAUGAAGCGGGAAAAGGAAGCGCUAAACAUUUUGAGCAAUGCAGGAGUGCCCUUUUUUGUCAAGCUUUACUGCACUUUUCAAGAUACUGACAGACUCUACUUCGUUUUAUCUUAUGCAAAAUUCGGUGAGCUGUUACCCUACAUCAACCGAGUUGGAUCCUUUGAUUUAGCGUGUACCAGAUUCUACGCAGGAGAGAUAUUAGUCGCAUUAGAACAUUUAAAACGAUUAAAAAUUAUCCAUAGAGACUUAAAACCAGAAAAUGUAUUAUUAGAUGAAAAUAUGCAUAUUUUGAUCGCAGAUUUUGGCUCUGCUAAACUAAAUUAUAACGUAAACACUGCUCGGACGACUACCCGGACAUCCGUUAACAGGGAAGACCAAGACUCAGGAUCAGAAAGAGCUCGUAGAAAUAGUUUUGUUGGCACUGCUCAGUAUGUCUCUCCAGAACUCUUGACCGAUAAGACUGCAACACAUAGCUCUGAUCUUUGGGCCCUGGGUUGUAUCAUUUAUCAAAUGAUAGCAGGACUCCCUCCUUUUCGAUCCAGUUGUCCUAAUUUUUACAGAAGCGAAUACAUAAUCUUCCAGAAGAUCUUGAAAUUAGAAUAUGAGUUUCCUCAAGGAUUUUGCUCAAGUGCAAGGGAUCUUGUAGAAAAACUUUUGGUUAUUGAAUCAACCAAAAGAUUAGGUGCAACUGAUUCAAACAAUUACACAUCAGUUCGUUCGCAUCCGUUUUUCGAUGGUGUGGAUUUUGACAACUUGCAUCUAGCAACGCCUCCUCCAAUUUAUCCUUACUUACCAGGAGUAUCAGAAGAGGAAGAUUUAAGGAGUAAUUACAAGGUUCCUGAUAGUUUAGAGCCUGGCUUAAAUGACAAGCAACUGACAAGGUUAUUGGGAUUAGAACUUCAACCUAGCAAACCUCUAAGGAAAAAAUCUAGUAUUUUAGAUAUUAGCAAAGAAGAAAUGGAAGCCAGACUAGCUAAACAGCAAGAAAGCAUGUGGAAUCAAUUUGUUGAAGGACACCUGAUUCUGAAGGAAGGAUUAGUAGAUAAAAGGAAGGGUUUGUUUGCAAAGCGAAGGAUGUUGCUGUUGACGACAGGUCCACACCUUUAUUAUGUUGAUCCUGUCAAUAUGGUUCUCAAAGGGGAGAUUCCAUGGAGCUCACAGUUGCGAGUUGAGCCGAAGAGUUUUAAAAUAUUCUUUGUUCAUACGCCCAAUCGCACCUACUAUUUGGAAGACCCACAAGGGUACGCCUUAGAAUGGUGUAAAGUUAUCGAGGAAGUUAGGGUCAACACAUAUAAUAAUCUACCUACAUAACCACUAUUUAUUCGUAGCCUCCUCAGAAGCUGUAGUAAAUUUUUAUUGAGUUUUUAUCGUAAUAAUUUAUCAUCCUGUUUUUCUUUCCAAACGAUUCAAGAAAAGAAAAACUGUGUAAAAUAAUUAUUGGGAAUCGUUUUAAUGAAAUUCAUUCUGAUCUCUUCAUGAUUGUUUUAUAUCUGAUUAUCUGUUUUCUGUUAAUGUAUUUUUUACAUGUCAAUUAGUUCAUUUGAGAGUAAAAAUUGUGUCUCAAGCUAGUUUAAAUUCGUAGUACAAUUCUACUGUUAAUGGAUAGUAACUUCAAGUCCUUGUUUGUUGUUUUGUUUGUUUUGUUUUUUCAUGAUGUUUUAUAUGAAUCCUUCAAAUGACUCGUCUGGUUGUACGAAUCUUUAACUCCAUAAAUCUGUAAAUUCUAAACUUUUCAGUCAGGAAUGACUAUUUUUGCAUAAUGGAACCAGUAGGACUGUUCUGCAAAUUUCCUGCCUGUCCGUAUGGUUAAAUUAACAAUUUGUCUCAGCAACUUUUUCAUUAUUUAUCUGAGUAAUAAAUUAUUCUAAGAUUCUCUACAGCCAGUAGCAUCCUGUAGCUAUAAAAUUGGAAAAAUGCUGUACCCCACAAAAAUAAGGAGUGUAUCUAGAUAUUUGUAACAGCCCAAUCGUUAACACUAAAUUAUUCAAUUGCAUUUGUAUGAUUAUGCGCUUUUUGGAGGUUGUUCGAGCAAUUGGUUGUUUCUAAAUUUUACUCCUUUCGCAUUGAAAUUGUCUCGGCUUUUACUAGGUUUUCUUUUUUCUGUAUUCAGUUUUCAAAUAUUGUAUGCUUAUCCUCACAAUUUUUCUUUUUCAUUGUAGCUUACAAUUGCUGUGAGGUUGUUUUUUUAAUUGUCCCUUUUAGUGUGUGAAAUUAAUAUUGUGUGAUUUAAACAUGAGCUAAUAAUUCUUGCGAUAGCUAAAUCUGAAUCUUACAGUGGUGCAGACUAAACAAAGUUUAAAAAUGUAGCACAUCGUUUGUUGGGACACUUUUUAAAAGUAUGAGAGUUAAGGGGCUGACUGCCAUUGAAUACUCUUUGCAGAACAUUGUUUCUGAGACAGUGAAUGACAGAGUACAUCUUACAGUGUACAUGUUUUGCGAAGUGUUACAAUGUUGCUCAGUUUUAGUAACAUCGUUUUAAUACGGCAUGAAGCCGUAAUUGCAUGGAAUCCCCCAAUGCUUAUUAGAGAAUGUUGUUGUGAUUUUUAUGAUGUCUUGGUUAUCAAAAUUUUUAGAUUUGCAUUUCACAUGACUUGGUGUACAUUUUAUGGACAUUUUUGCUGACUGAGUCUGAAUAAGUGUCUUAAUUUUAAAGAUUUUUGUUAGCAGUCAUUUAGUCAUAUUUAAAUUUGAAAUUUCUAAAGAGAUCGUUAAAUUUCUAAAUUUUGUCUGUACGCAGUUCUUUGAAGCUUCUAAUUAAAGACUUCUCCUAUCAUUUGCUCUCAAGACUUCAAAAUAUUACCGGAAAAACAUUUAACAUAUUUCCCUACGUCUGUUCUUUUUUGACACAAGACUAACAGAUUUAUUUUUUUUUUUUUGGAACACUCCAGCAAAACUGUUUGUCAUUUAUUUUAAAUUUGAAAGUUGAUACUGAAUUUGCCCCUAACUUCUCCGGACAAUAGCAUCAGGUCAAUGCUGAAUCAAAACUCAAUUAGAUCUUGAAAAAGUUUGUAUCCAAGAAUUGAAAGUUCCCUCUGUAAUCAGUUUUAGAAGUUUUAGUGUAACAUAGUAAAUAUCGAGUAAUAUUUUUGUUCAUGGAGUUUUAAAGAGAUUGUGAAUCACAUCCCAGAAAUUUUAAGACAGAUUUCUUUAAACCUUUCCAUGAUACUUAGCUCUCAGUCAGACUUAAAAAUUCAAAGAUUAUCUUUCAGAAUAGGUCUUUAGAUGAGGUAUGAGUACCACUCAAUAUAUUUCCCCUUCAAAGUCUCAGGUGGAAACUUGAUCAAACAUUGUGAAAUCUGGGAAUUAACUCCUAAACAAGGUAUAAGUGUUUCUAAUUAGCUUUGGUUAAACGGCAAAAAUUCUAUUAACAUCAUUUGUAUAUUCUAAUUUUCAUUUAAUCUGUGUUAAAAAUACUUGUUAGUAUUACUAUUCAGAAGUUGAUUUCCCAUCUUCCCUUUGUGUUAAUCGUUUUCUAUGUAAGAUUUUGAAGGGAAACCAUCCAAUGUUUUUGUCUAAUUCAGACCUCGUCUAGUGACCCGGUAGAAGGGAAUAAAAAGGGAGAAAGGAGAGUGCAGAAGGGCUUGUCUUUUAUCUAUCUUUAUAAGGUCUUCUGAUACAUUAACUCAUUUUCUGAGAAAAAAAUCCAAUUACCUGAAUUCCAAUGGCUUAAAAUUGAGAGUACUUUCUGUUAUCCUCUUGUAAAAGAAUUUUAUGAACGUAAAUGUGGCAGCAGAAAUUUUAUGAUUUUUGUGCUUUUUCAUCUUGCUGGCGAUUUCUCAGUGCGGAAAACUGAGUUUGCUACAGAUCCAAAUGACUGAUUUUGAGGUAUUUAGUUCCAUUAUCAGUGGUAUGUCCAUUGAUCACUAAUUUUUUAGUAAUCUUCACAUUGAAGUAAGCACUAUUGUAUUCACUCUAAAUGUAAGACUGGACUUAAAGCUCAUAGAGGUCUAGCGCUAGAAUUGAAAAGUGUUAAUCAAUAAUUUUUUAAGCACCUUAUUUCUUAUCAAUUUUAAAUAAUUCUCUAUAUACAUGUCUUUUAUCAGCUUCAUCGUUGGUUUUUAGUGUGUUUUACCUCAUUAAAUUGAUAAUUGCUAAAAUUAUAACUGCCAAGACAUUAAGUGCUAAAUUUGUAAUACCCGUAGAUAAAAUUAUUAAAGUUACUCUAGAAUCAUAAUGAAACGCAGUAAUGAUUUGCUCUUACAAGGGCAUAUUAUGAAUGCUCUUCUAGAAGGGAUGUUAACAAAUUGUCAACACAGCAGCCUUGAGGCGCCUAUAACUUGGAAAUUAUCUUGGUAUUAUUCUAUUCUAUGUGACUGUUAAUCUGUUGUAACUAAAACCCCAACUUUUGCGAAAAUCAUUGGAGUAUUAUGUGAGUGUUAGAGAAUAGUGAAGGCAGUUAUGUUGAGUUUUUCAUGACCCAUAGAAUGGGAUAGUACCAAUUCUAUCCCUAGGUAAUGAGAUGCCAUUCACAGUCAGUCAUUAAAAAUGCUCGAAAUUCUGUAAGUAAAUUUCCGCUAAACUUUACUACCGAUUCAAGUCCCUAUAAAGACACCCAUAAGCAGUUAGCUGUAUUUUAUGUAUAGGAAAACUGGUAGUCGAUGUUUCAAUACAUUCAGCAUUCUAAAGGAAUUUAUCUUAGGUGUCUUUUCAGACUAAUCAAAUUUGUUACUACCUGUAUUUCCUCCCCCAUUGAUCUUAGAAUCUUUGAUUGUAGGAUUGAUUUUGCAUUCUGAUGUAGUUUAAUGUAGAAAUUUUAUAGCAUGUGUAAAAUUCAUGGCAAAGCCCCAGUAUUUGGCAAGAUUGCAUUUUAAUGUGGAUCCUCUAAUUUGUACUUUUAGUGUUCAAAUGAUGUUCAAGCUCUCUCUCUCUUUCUCUCUCUCAUAUAUUAACCAGCAUUGACCUCCAUCAUUAUCAUUCAUGUAAUGAAUUUGUUAAAAAUAUGUUUCAACUUUUAAUUUCUCCUCUUCAAAGGUCCAUUUUAACUUGCGUAUUUUAAAAAGCGUCCCCAAAGUUGAGUUUUGAAAGUCACGAUAAUCCUCACCAAAGUCGGAUUCUGUCUUCUUGAAUUACUCUAGGCUUUUAGAGUUUUUAAAACAGUUCUUAAAGUUUUUUCUCCCUACAAAUAAUAGACUGACGUCAGAAAAUUUCACUGAAAUCUGUAACUUUCAGUUGUGAAGGGAAUCACCCAUGGAUUCAAUCAACUCUCUGAAUUUGAAAGUCCUCUCAAAGUGAGAUUUGAAAAUAUUUGUAGUUUUUUUGAUCUAAUAUCAUACAAUUUUCAAUAUUCGUUCUUUUGUACUGUGUUUUGAUUCUUCAAAAGAAUUUUUUAAAUUUUUCCUCACUUUUCAACUAAUUUUUUCGUCUCUUCUAUCAGAAAAUUCUCACCAGCAUUUUUUGCCAAGCUGCGACUUCUAACUAUCUGCCUCAAAAAAGUUCGAGUAACAUAUCUACUGCUAAUCAAUUUUCAGUCCUCGAACGUAGGUUUCCUAUGUCUCUACCUCAAAAUAGUGAGAAAAAAUUUGACGUUGUUUUCAAACAACGGUGCAGUAAUUUCUACAUCCAAUCUUUCUCUUAUGCAGCUCCACAACUCACUAAUUGUUAUUCAAAAGUUUUCCUUGCAGGAAGUUUAGUCUACAGAUAGAAGUUAACCUAGUUUUAAAGAUAUGGUACCCAAUGAUAUACCGAAUUGUAAGAGAAAAUACUACCUAAUAACCACUUUGCAGUGAACUCGUUCUAUACAGUUUCCUCUUCAAUUUGUACGUCGAAUUGUUUAUCAAGCAAAGAAAGUUACCGUUGUAUGUUGUAUUUUAUUGUUUUUGUAUUCCUAAUCAUGUUUUUCAAUCUUCAUCAGUCACUUCUCUUGUUUGUCUAAAAAAAAAAAAAAAUGGAAAAAAAAUAUAUAUAUCUAGAAGUCUUGGCAGGGAGAUGCCAAAUCUUAAUUAAAUUCUUCUAUUUUGCAAGUGCUGUUUUCAGAGCAAGUCUAUCUAACCAUUUGCAUACUGAAGACUAUGCACUGCAAUCAAUAUUAUAUUUAGUUAAGGAGGCUCAUCUCUUGAUACUGAGUAUUUUCUCCUGCUAGAUAACUUGUAUUAUCACCUCCGUAUCCAUAAAAAUAGAAAAUUUUGGAUUUUUUUUUUAAAGAAAGAACAUGUUUGUAAUCAUGUCUGUUUUUAUCGUGUGUGUACUGAUUAUAAUCAUUAUUUCAUCUUUUAAGAACUAUCAUUGAUAAACCUUUUUCUUUUGGAGUUGUUAAAUCUUUUACCUUCUUCGGGAAGGUAAUUUUGUCAUUUUAUAGUUAAAUUCAUUCUCUAGGUCUUUGAAAUGAAAGUUUGAUGGAAUUAGCCAAGCUUCCUUGCACCUGAGUUUACUUUCUUGCUACUGUCAACAUUCAGUCUUCAAGAGCUGAGAGAUUGUAGAAAUUUUACCUCUUUCUCUCUACUGGUUCAUGUGUCACUAAAUAAAGUAAGAAAGAGUAAACCAUGGUUGCUCAGUCCUUCUCAUCAAAUGUUAAGGGACACAUUAAAUCAUCCAAAUUUCCUCUCUUGCUGGGUGCUGUAAGAAAACACGGAAAUCUUUCCUUGGCUCAUUUCACCAAACUAUUCUUUCAACUAUUUUGUGUACAUAAAUAGUAAGGUUUCCUCUUGUUUCUUUCAUUCAUUAUAGAUAAAAUUUUGACUGUGAUAUGUAUAGUUAAAUUAUUUAUUCUUGCAUACAUUUUAUUAAGUAUAAUUGUCCUUCAAUCUAUUUUACUUAUUUAGUUUAAUUUUAAAUACCUAUAGUUAGUGCAAUGAUUUGAGCAAUUUAAAUUAAAUAAUAGUUGAAACAAUAUCAAUGCAAUUAGCUGUUUUACAAUUAUUAUUUUAUCUAAUAAUUUUUUCUCUCCCUAUUUCCCUUAUGUAUUGAACUUUACAUUUCUUUCUCCUGUCUAAGAGAAUAGUUUCUUAAAAGAUUUACUCUUAAAUUUUGUACUCCGUUUAUUUAUAUUAAACUAGAGUGUUUUUUCUCA